CAGCUGGAGAGCUCGAGCAGUGCUGUAAAGUGGACCUUUGUCAUGUGGCAUUGACCAGCACUGCAGAGCAGGCGUGCACAGGAAUAUAAAUAUUUAUUAAGCCGCCUCUUAGCAUGCCAAUUGUUGUGAUUACGGGCUUGCCGGCCAGCGGCAAAUCCACGAGAGCCCGCCAGCUUCAGGAGCACCUCGCCGGCCUGGGGAAGAAGGUAUAUCUAAUCAGCGAGAACGAGGCGGUACCCAAAGCAUUGUUCGAGAAGAACUCCUUUUUUGGAGACUCGCAAAAGGAGAAGGUGGUGCGCAGCGACCUCAAGUCGGAAGCGUUGCGGAACCUCAACAAGGAGGAUGUUGUCAUUCUGGACGCUGGAAACUACAUAAAGGGCUAUCGCUAUGAGUUGUACUGUAUAACAAAGUCGGCGCGGACCACGCAGUGCACACUUUUCUGCUGCAUAUCCCAGGAGCAGGCAUGGUCAUUUAACGAACAACGCCAGGAGCCGGACGAGCUUCCAGGCGACGGGCAGACGACGCAGCUGCUUAACAACUCGAAUGUGCCAUACACCCGCGAGAUCUUCGAUGCACUAUGCAUGCGCUACGAAGAGCCCCACAGCAAUAGCCGCUGGGACUGUCCGCUCACAGUGGCCCUACCCGAAGACAGGCUCGACGUGGAGGGCAUCUACAGGGCCCUGUACGAGACGCAGCCUCUGCCGCCCAACCAGAGCACCCAAAACCCGCCUCUCUGCGCCACAAACUACCUCUUUGAACUGGACAACAUCAUGCAGACAAUCAUCAAGGAGAUCCUGGGCGCCAUUAAGAUCAAGGCCUUCGGCCAGCUGCGCAUCGAGGGCAGCACCAGCCCCGUCAAGGUGACCACCACGAUGAACGCCAUUCAGCUGAACCGCCUGCGGCAGAAGUUCAUUACGAGCAGGUGCCGGGCCUCCCAGACGGCAGCCACUCCGUUGGCUCAGGUGCCCCAGAUGUUUGUCCAGUUCAUCAAUGCCAACACAAUUGGCUGCUAGGCUCCCCAAUUUAACCUGCGAUAUUCGUGCUGUUUUCUUCCUUUUUUCCCCUAAUUUCUAAUUUCUUAAAUAAACUACAGAAAUGUAAUAUCGUAGAAACUUGUAACCCUUUUGAUACCAUUUUCAUGUGUAAUGUCUGAUAGGAAUCCCACUUGAAUUCAUUUAAAACCUAUGUCGUUUACUUAUUAUUUGUUUGAUGUCAGGAAUUUCAUAUAAAGCUAAGUCUAAGACGAGAUCUUAAUAGUGUUAGCUGCCAGGAGCUGCCGUCUGUAGAGUUAUUUAAGUAUGUUUACACAUAUGUAUUUUAUGUACAUUUGUUUUAAGGCUAGAUUAUUAGGUUCAUGCUGGUUAAAGCACAAUAAUUUCAGAUAUUUAUUGGUUGUCGGAAGUUUUUUGAUCAAAAUUAGUUGUUUAAAUUAAGUGUUGGAUGUAAUGGUACAUUGCAUGAA